AACCGAAUCACAUAAUUUUACAAAUCUCAGUGUUUAAAUAACAAUUUAAUAUCACAAAUUAACUUACAAAUAAUUAAACAUGUCCAGGAACAACUAAUGACAUUUAUAUCAAAUUCAUAUUGUAAAACCAUGUGAUCAUAAAUGUGAUGUCACAAGUAUAAUGCACAAAACCGAAAAUCACACAAUGCUAUGGAGUUCACUGAUGUGUGCUAGCAACACUGUACUAGAGUUAAUCACAGUGCUAAUCCUAUUACGUAAAGGGUCCACUGAAUACCCUGGAGGGUCUACUGAAUACCUCGGAGGGUCCACUGAAUACCUCGGAGGGUCUACUGAAUACCUCAGAGGGCUUCUGGAACCCCUCAAGGAGCAGUUCCCCAUACUCUCCCACGCUGACUUCUACCAGCUUGCUGGUGUCGUCGCCGUUGAGGUUACCGGUGGACCGGAAGUCCCUUUCCAUCCCGGUAGGGAGGACAAGCCCCAGCCACCUCCUGAGGGUCGUCUUCCUGAUGCCACCAAGGGUUAGGACUUGUUGCUUUUACUUUUAAUUAAGUCUAGGUCUUAAU